AGAAAGAGGUUCAAUGGGAACCAAAGGAAAUACUGGUAUUCCUGGCAGCAUUGGCCCGAGAGGACCAAAAGGAUUCAGGGGAGAAAAUGGCAUCGGAACAAAGGGAGAGAAAGGAGACGCAGCAAACAUGGACCCAAGAGAGAGAGAGCUAAUUGGAAGCAAUGCGCAUGGAAAAGAUACGACAACACUGACAACGGUAAAAUACAGGAAUGUUCUUUCAACAAGCUGCACGACAAUACCCCUCUUAGAGUCUCCUACCAGGAUAACGUUAGAGUCGAUUUGAAUGGUAACUGCAACA